UACUUGCAUUAAUACACCAAGAAAAAUAUGUUUUGAGUGUGACCCAAUUGCUCUCCUUCUGGAACUGGGGCCUUUUAUGCCACACAGAUGCUUCAUCUCUCAGCUGCCUCCCUUUCCAUAUUGAGACUGGUUUUCGCCUAGUUGCUCAGGCCAGCCUUAGACUCACUGUAGCCCAGAACUCCCAAUCCUUUUUACUUAUGCUCCUUAGCAGCUGGGAUGAUAAACCUGAGUCAGCAGGCGUGGUAUGGAUUAUAUUUUUCUUUUUUUUUUUUUUUUGGUUUUUCGAGACAGGGUUUCUCUGUGGUUUUGGAGCCUGUCCUGGAACUAGCUCUUGUAGACCAGGCUGGUCUCGAACUCUCAGAGAUCCACCUGCCUCUGCCUCCCGAGUGCUGGGAUUAAAGGCAUGCGCCACCACCACCCGGCUAUGUUUUUCUUAUACAAACUCAUAUUUGUGAAAUGUUUCAAGGGUGUGUGAUGCUGGGUGCGCAUGAGCUCAGGUCUUGUGCAUUCUUGGCAAGUUUUGUACCGCUUGAGCUGUGUCAGAGUUCAACACGCAUCUUCAAUGUAGAAAGGGUUUAUCCAGAACAAUUUUCUUUUUUAAGACAGUGUUUUGCUGUGUAAUCCAGGGAGGUCUUGAAUUUACCAUCCUCCUGCAUUGCCUCCUGAGGUUGGAAUGGUAGAUAAACUGUGCCAUACCUGGCACAGAUACAGACCUAAUCCACUACCGUCAGUUUUAAUAUGCUUCAGAUAAGCCAGGAGUUUUUAAGCUCCCAUGGCAAAAUUGAUCCCAGGAAAAUGUUGUCAUUAUUGUAAGGAUGGUAACUUGUGCAUCUUUAUCCUUGAAUCUGAAGAACAACAAAACCACCGCUAAUACCCAGGAUGUCAGGGGAUUUCCACCUAGCGGAUAUGGUUAAUGUUCGGGGUAUAUUGCACCAUUCCCGUUUUAAGAACAGACAUCACGAUCGGGAGGGUUUGCUGAGCAUGGCAAAUGCAGGCCCCAAUACAAAUGGUUCUCAGUUCUUUAUCACAACAGUUCCAACUCCUCAUUUGGAUGGGAAACACGUGGUAUUUGGUCAAGUAAUUAAAGGACUGGGUGUGGCAAGGAUGCUUGAAAAUGUAGAAGUGAAUGGUGAAAAGCCUGCCAAACUGUGUAUUAUUGCAGAGUGUGGAGAAUUGAAGGAAGGGGAUGACUGGGGAAUAUUCCCCAAAGAUGGCUCUGGUGACAGUCAUCCAGACUUUCCUGAGGAUGCAGACAUAGAUUUAAAAGAUGUAGAUAAAAUUUUAUUAAUAACUGAAGACUUAAAAAACAUUGGAAAUACUUUUUUCAAAUCUCAGAACUGGGAGAUGGCUGUUAAAAAAUAUGCAAAGGUUUUAAGAUAUGUGGAUAGUUCAAAGGCUGUUGUUGAGAAAGCAGAUUCAUCCAGACUGCAGCCUAUAGCCUUAAGCUGUGUGCUGAAUAUUGGUGCUUGUAAGCUGAAGAUGUCAAAUUGGCAGGGAGCGAUCGAUAGUUGUUUGGAGGCUCUUGAAAUGGACCCGUCAAAUACCAAAGCACUAUACCGCAAAGCACAAGGAUGGCAAGGAUUAAAAGAAUAUGAUCAAGCAUUGGCUGAUCUUAAGAAGGCGCAGGAGAUAGCCCCAGGAGAUAAAGCUAUCCAGGCAGAAUUGCUUAAAGUCAAACAAAUGAUAAAGGCACAGAAAGAUAAAGAGAAGGCGGUGUAUGCAAAAAUGUUUGCCUAGAAAGAAUUAAACUGUGCUGAACUAUUACAUGUUGAUUAUAUAAAAGAUAAUGUAAGUUACUGUCUACCUGUGAUCCCUGAUUCUUUGUCAUCACUGUUUACAUAGAAGUACUGACGUAGGUUCUUCUUUAAUAAAGUGUUAUGAAAUGCAAUUCUG